AGAAGUUAGAUUCCAAGUUGAGAGCUUCGCCUGAGACAUUAAUGGCGGCAGCUUCCUCCAGGGCCUUCUUGCUCUCUCGAUUCGCCGACCUCUCACUCCUACAACACCACCAACCACCGCCGUACUCGCACCACCUCCUCAUCCGUCCAUUGACGCCGUCCAUCUCAGCCACCAGCGCCUCGAAGAAACGUCCAGCUUCUCUUGCUAUUGUUAGCUGUCUUAUCUCCGGAGUAGAUGGGGGUGGAGUCUCCGAUGACUUUGUAUCCACUCGAAGGUCCGUUUCCUUCGACCGUGAAUUCUCUGUUAUCGCUAACAUGUUGAAGAAGAUCGAGCCAUUGGAUACUUCGGUGAUUUCCAAAGGUGUUUCAGAUUCCGCUAAGGACUCUAUGAAGCAGACUAUUUCGACGAUGCUAGGUUUGCUUCCAUCGGAUCAGUUCUCUGUUAUGGUCAGAGUUUCGAAACGCCCUCUCGAUCGGUUAUUGUCGUCUUCGUUGAUUACAGGGUAUACUUUGUGGAAUGCUGAGUAUAGGAUUAUGUUGAUGAGGAACUUUGAAAUUUCUCCUUCCGAUGAUUCGAAAUCGCAGAAUUCUGGUGAGGAUGAUGAGGUUUCAGAGGAGAAGGUUGAGACAAGCGAAUGCUUGUGUGAUAGUGUCGUGAUGGAGUGUUGUACCGAAGAAUCCGAGAGAUUAAAUCUCCAAAAUUGUUUGGGUGAUUUGGCUCCUGAAGCUAUGAAUUACAUCCAGCGUUUGGAGUCAGAGCUAUCUUUCGCCAAGAAGGAACUGCAUGCUAGGAAACAGGAAAAUAUGCAAAUUGAAAAUACAAGAGAAAGUGAUAACGAUCUUUUGAAGUACUUGCGGUCAUUGGAUCCCGAUAUGGUGAAUGAACUAUCCCGGCCAUCAUCUUCAGAGGUAGAGGAGGUUAUACAAGAACUUGUACAGUGUACAUCCCGGAAAUUCUUCAAGGAAGAGACGACCUCUGACUCAACAGGAGAUUUGGAUGUUGGAAGCCAAGAAAACUACCCAAAUGUUAACGAUGACUUCUGUGACACCAUGGGGACUUCACGAGAUUACCUAGCGAAAUUGCUUUUCUGGUGUAUGCUAUUGGGUCAUCACUUGAGAGGAUUGGAGAACAGAGUGCAUCUGAGUUGUGCAGUUGGCUUGCUGUGAUGAAAAUAAACAAAGGUAUAACUAUGUAUAUGCUUUUCCUUUUCAACGUUUCCUGUCAAUCGUUCGGUACUUGUUCAGAUUACAAUCAAGUCAUGAUCCAAUGCCAUGUUCUUGAUUGUAUUAAGCUUUUCAUUUUUAUUGUCAUGUGAACAAUUUAGAGGCCUGCAACAAUAGUUUAACACCUCCUUUUAGUUACAACCA